UCUGUAGUGCUCGAGUCCGAGCCUGUACUUUGGAACGCAGGCAGGAUAGUGUUGGCUAGUUUUGUAGAGCCUUCACUAACUGAGCGGACAUAUGUACAGGAGUAUGCUGCUUCCUGUGCUUACUGUCGGGCGCUCAAAGAGGGAUCUGGUUUUGCCAAUUGCCCGAGUUUCUACGGUAGGCAGGUAGGCGUGGUACAUAUGUGA